AUGGACUGCAUCAGCGGCCUCCCCGACGAGCUCCUCCACGACAUCCUCCUCCGCCUCGACUCCGCCCGCGCCGCCGCGCGCACCAGCGUCCUCUCCCGCCGCUGGCGCUACGUCUGGGCACACCUCCCCGAGCUCGUCUCCGACGGGAACGGCACCGAUUCCGACAGCGCCGCGCCGCCGGCCUCGUUCCUGGACUCCGUCGACGGCGCCCUCCGCGCCUACUCCGCGCCGGCCAUCGAGGCACUCGAUAUCUCCGUGCCCGGUCCCCGCUGCCCCGCCAUCCCGGCCCGCCGCGUGGGAUCAUGGCUGCGCUUCGCCUCGCGCCGCCGGGGGUCCGCACGCUCUGUCUCGACGUGCCCUGGCUACACAUGCUGGAAGCUCGUCGGAAGGAGAAGGUGGCGGCUCGGGUUCCGGCCGGCCGGCGUGUUCAUGGCCCUGACGGACCUGGAGAUACGCGGGGCUACCAUGGAAGGCCGCGUGCUGGAAGCCCUCGUGUGCUCGCAGUGCCCUCGCCUGAUCGACCUCAACCUUGUCGUCACGUUGGCUGCCAAGUCUGACGUCUCCCUGCGCUACGACUCGCUCGAAGCCCUGUGUUUCAACGUGGAAAACACACGCCGGGUGGAGAUCGUUGCCCCCAGGAUGGAGGAACUGUCUGUGCCUUACUCGGACGCCGUUGAGGCUCGUAUCUCUGCCCCGAAGCUUGCCGAACUAGCUUGGGACGGCAGCGACUGUGAUCCUCGCCUCCACCAGUUUGCUGAUGCUAUUCGUCACCUCAGGGUGCUUGAGGUCAGCAAGAUCUCAGCGUUCCUGAUGCAGCAACUCGAUGAAAAGUUGACGAGUUGA